GCCUCAGCCCCAGCGCCAUGGCCAUGGCCCCGGGCAGCCGCCGCUGCCUCCUCCUCCUCCUCCUCCUCCUCCUCCUGAGCGUCCUGGGGGCCCCGGCGCUGGGCGACCCCGGCCCCUUAGAAGACGUGGUGAUAGACAGAUAUUAUAUUCCCAAAAUCUGCCUGCGGGAGGCGCAGAUGGGGGAUUUCAUUCGCUACCACUACAAUGGGACCUUUAAAGAUGGCAAAAAGUUUGACUCCAGCUACGACCGAGGGGCCACGGUGGCCGGCGUGGUGGGCGUUGGGCGGCUGAUCACGGGCAUGGACCGGGGGCUGCAGGGCAUGUGCGUCAACGAGCGGCGCCACCUCAUUGUGCCACCCCACCUGGGCUACGGCAGCAUCGGCGUGGCGGGGCUGAUCCCCCCAGACGCCACCCUGUACUUCGAUGUUGUCAUGUUGGACAUCUGGAACAAGAACGACAAGCUGCAGAUCACCACCCUGUCCAAACCCGAGCGCUGCAACCGCACGGUGGAGAACUCGGAUUUUGUGCGGUACCACUACAACGGCACACUGCUGGAUGGGACCCCCUUUGACUCCAGCUACAGCAAGGGCAGCACCUAUGACACCUACGUGGGCACUGGGUGGCUGAUCAAGGGCAUGGACCAGGGUCUGCUGGGAAUGUGCGCUGGGGAGAAGAGGAGCAUCAUCAUCCCCCCGUUCCUGGCCUAUGGGGAGAAGGGCUACGGGACGGUGAUCCCACCGCAGGCAUCGCUGGUGUUCAGCGUGCUGCUGGUGGAUUUCCACAAUCCCAAGGAUGGUGUGUUUCUGGAGCACCUGGAGGUGCCGGAGUCCUGCAAGCGCCGGGCUGUGACCGGGGACUUUGUCCGCUACCACUACAACGGGACCCUCAUGGAUGGGACACUCUUUGACUCCAGUUACUCCCGCAAUCAGACCUACAACACCUACAUUGGGAAGGGCUACAUCAUCCCUGGCAUGGAUCAGGGGCUGCAGGGCGUCUGCGUGGGAGAGCACCGGCGAGUGGUCAUCCCCCCACACCUGGCUUAUGGGGAGAACGGUGCAGGAGAUAAAAUUCCUGGCUCAGCCGUGCUUAUCUUUGAUGUCCACGUCAUCGACUUCCACAACCCUGAGGACCCGGUGGAGAUCCAGACCGUGUUCCGGCCCGAGGGCUGCAAUGUCACCACCCGCAACCGGGACUUUGUGCGCUACCACUACAACUGCUCCCUGCUGGAUGGCACCCGCCUCUUCUCCUCCCAUGACUACGAGAAGCCCCAGGAGGUAACUCUGGGGGCCAACAAGGUGAUCGAGGGGCUGAACAGUGGCCUCCUGGACAUGUGUGCAGGGGAGAGGCGGGUGCUCAUCGUCCCCCCACACCUGGGCCACGGGGAGAGCGGAGCCCGGGGGGUACCUGGCAGCGCUGUGCUCCGCUUCGAGGUGGAGCUGAUCUCCAUGGAGGAGGGGGUUCCUGAGGGUUACCUCUUCAUCUGGCAUGGGGACCCACCUUCCAACCUGUACGAGCAGAUGGACCUCAACAAGGACGGGGGCAUCCCCGCUGAGGAGUUCUCCACCUUCAUCAAGACCCAGGUGGCGGAGGGGAAAGGCCGCCUCAUGCCCAGUUCCGACCCGGAGAAAGUCAUUGCUGACAUGUUCCGGAACCAGGACCGCAACCAGGACGGGAAGAUCACACCCGACGAGCUGAAGCUGAAGUCGGAUGAGGACCAGGAGAAGAUUCAUGAGGAGCUCUGA